UUUAUCAAAGUUGGGUCGCAUGAUAUCUUUAAAAAAUAAGGUCAAAAGUGAAAGUUUUAAGACGUCAAUCAUGUGCGUUAUACCUGUUGAAUGCGUGACCAAUGUUAAUGUUGAGAGAAAACGAAUUCCACGGGUGUGUACGGUAGAAAAAUGUCUACGAACAAAAUUGUCUUUACUUUCCUGAGAAACGGAAACGUGGUCAAGUCAAUUUUAUCCAGUGACCACAAUGUAUAUUGUGGAGUACAAAGAAAUGUACAUACUUUUACGGAGAAUAAGUUUCGUUUACACGAAUUCAACAAAGUUGAGGCAAAACUUGCAGGAAAUCAAAAACCAGAUUGGAACAGGGCUGUUUCAGAAGCAGAAAAGAUUGUUGGGUACCCAACAUCAUUUCUAAGCUUGCGAUGGCUUUUAAGCGAUGAAAUAGCAAAUGUAGCAUUGCAUUUAAGGAAAUUAGUAGGAUCUAAUCAUCCUUUAUUGAAAACAGCCAAAAGCGUCAUUUUCAAUGGACGUAAUAACAUGCAAGCAUGGGGUCUCAUUGUAUUGUUAAUCUCGAAAGCUGCUGGUCAUUUAAAUGUAGAUGAUAUGGAGGAAGAUAAAGCUGCCGGCGUACUCCAUAGUCAGCGGGCAUUGGCUGAGGUUACGGAAAUGAUACGCACCAGUCAUCUUGUACAUAAAGGACUAAUAAAUAUAGAACCUGAUGUUCAUUUAGAAACUUCUGAAUUAAACGACAUGAAUAUUGGUAACAAAAUUGCAUUACUCAGCGGAGAUUACUUAUUAGCUAAUUCUUGUGCAGAAUUAGCAAACCUUCGUAAUCAAGAUAUUGUAGAAUUAAUGUCGAGCGCUGUUCGAGAUUUGGCAGAAGCAGAAUUUGUAGGGCGUAGAGAUAGCCAAAAUAAUCCUUUACCUUCCGUACCACCUGAAAAUCGUACAGAUUAUGCAGUGAAAGAGUGGACUCUUAGAAAUGUACUGAGCGCUGGUGCAUUACUUGGAAAGUCCUGCAAAGGUACAUUGAAAUUAGCUGGACAUAGCAACGAAAUACAGGAACAAGGUUACAACUUUGGGAAACAUUUAGCAUUAGCUUGGCAAGCCUGUUUAGACUUGGGUCCAUUUAUAGUAAAAGAUCAAACUGUAACAUUCAAUCUGUGUUCUGCGCCAAUUAUGUUUCACAUUGAACAUGACCUAUCAAUUAUGACAGAAAUCGAUAAAGGUUUGCAAUCUGUAAACAAUGUAGAUUAUGCCAAGAUUCACAAGAUUGUUAUGAAGGGACCUGGUGUUGAAUUAGCAAAACAACUACAAAAAGGGCAUUCACAAAGAGCAAUGGAAGUUCUAAGUGUAUUUGAAAAAAGUGAUGCAAGGACAGCACUGUAUAACAUUAUAGCAGCUAUGGGAGAUUUCUAAAUAAUGACUUUGACAACAAAACCAAUGUGUAUAUUUUAUAUAACUGC